AUGACGGACUCUACCCGUCAGGCCUUAAUUGCGGCCUUUACUUUCGGCUUGGUCGCCUACGCUGGUACCGCUUCCAUCUUCUUUCUCAACAAGCGUACCUCCAAGACCACCCGAGAUGCACCGAGGCUGGCCCUCAUUGCUUUCCUUAUUUCUUCAGCCCUUUGGGCCCAAUCACAAUUUGGCGCCUUCUUACUUAAUACCGAUUCGACCUCGAGCUGUCAGGUUAUGAUAGUCUUUGCAUCAACAUUCGACCAGUUUGCCCGAGUAUGCAUGCAACAAAGUCUGCUAUGGACCUUCAGCGCCUUCAGCCUUGUCUCCCUCACCGAGGUUGGAGUCAUGCAAGGACUUGUAGUAUUGCGGCUUAUCCUUGGAGGCAUCUUCGUAGGCUUUCAGCGCCCACAGCUUGAGACUGUCUGCGUGACGAUGACUGCGGUUCUGCCGGUUGGAAUCACAGUCUCUGUCACAGACACUGCUUUCAUGGCAUUCCUCCUCAUAAGAGUCAUAUCCCGCGGAGCAUACUCUGACAACCAAAAGGGAGCCAUCACUUCCAACCAGUCCCGUGCAGUUGCAGUUAUUGUCUUGGGUUUCAUUAUCUGGACCGGGACCAGCGCUCCCCUGAUGCUAAGCAUUGGCCCAAUGCCUAUAGUUCUGCGAACAACUGUGCCUGCGGUUGGUCUCUUGAUCUUGAUUGGCCUUCUCACUUUCUUCCAUCAUCGGUUGUUUCGCGAUAUAUCCAAACCCGUACAGACACUAGAUGUGCCCGACUUUGAUGCUUCGCGAGGCUUUGAUACUCGGCAGAUGUACACUACUGAAAUCCAAGGCGGUGCCGAUUAUCGAGAUGACUUCGCGGCGACAACAAGGGGCGACUUUACAGGAAUGUCCAAGCCUCUACCAGUUGCCACAGAAUCCGAGCGACUACCGAAUAUUUCGAUGCCUGCCGCUGGACAAGCGAAUGUUGGAAUGGGCGGUGUUCCCGUGUUGGGCCAACUAUUUCCCUUACCGAAAAGCCAGGAACCACCAUUCUCGACAGAACCGAUCGAAGUACACCGAGCGAUUCCCGAACAGACGAUGGUGAACAGAUGGAGUUCAGGUUCUAGCUUGGACGAAAGGGCAAUGUGGGAGAAUGGAGACAACCAGGUUGCUCCACGACUGGAAAAUUUCAGCGCAACUACAAAACCAUCAGCAGAACCCGAAGUCGCAGUCACCACAUCAGCUUUCCUGUCGCCCGGGAUGGAGGGAGUUCGCCGACGCUCACCGCGACAGUCCCCUCAACAGUCUCCCCAGCAGUCUCCUCGACAAUCACCUCGACGUCUACCUCUGCCAUCGCCAGCUUUGUCUCUCUUCCCGCGCUCUCCUCGUUCGGUUUCGACUCCGAUGAAAGCUCAAGCACAAACUCCCGUAAAAACUACGGAAGAUGGCAUCGUCAACUUUUCUCUGCCUGUUAAAGCGCAAUCAUUGCACCCACAGUCAGCGAAGCUCCAGCCCCCAAAGUCCGCACCUUUGGCUGCCAUACCUAGGAGUAAUGCGAAGGAAAUCUUGAGCAAGAGGGAAGACUCUGCGCGAACACUUUCCGUGGUUCAUAGACCUCGACCUAUUCCCAGAAAAUCGAACAUUGACCGUGCUCUUUUUCCAACUGGAGGAUCUCCAAGUCUCCAGAACCACAAGCGGUCGCAAUCCCUUGGCGCCGAUCGAUCCAAGCAGCCACUCGACACACCGGCGGAUAUCGACUACGACCUAUCUCGACUAAACGAGUUUGCUAACGUACUUGCGGCCAAUGUGCCAACACAGAGCGAGACAACAAAUCAGCGCAAUACGAGACGACGAUCACGGUCGGUGGGUUCGCUCCCGAUACAAGCAGCUGACUUUGUGCCGAUGCCCCCAAUGCCAGAGCUCAGCGAAGCCAAGCCAAAGAUGGAUCAUGGCGACGCGCCGGUAACGUUCUUGAGGACGCCAGAAAGUCUCAACUCAGCCAAGACAUCUACACAAUCUCCGGAGAGCGUUCAGACCACGGUCAUCAAGAUGCCUGCAGUGCCAAGAUCACCGACAAGCCCGUAUUGGAAACAAGAGCUAGCGACCAGAUACGGGCGACGGUCGUCGCCUAUCCUACCAAUUGAGGAUUUGAGUGCGCUCACUCCUUCUACGGUACGAGAUGAUGAUAUGACGAUGGACAUGGCUGAUGUUCGGUCACCUGCGAUGCAAGUCCACCUGCAACGGGCCCUGACAGUGACCGUUACGCCCAAAAGUCAACAGCGGAGCCGACUCGGCGUUGCGGAUACCACAUUGCCGUUCAGAGAGGAGAGCCAGCAGUCACCCCUGCCAUCUGCGGAUGCCAAUGUCGGAGUUGGAUCGGAGCUGCGACGCGCCGAGGAGCUUGAAGCCAAGGUGGGGGAUGUGCGUCCAACAUUUUCAGCAAGGGGAUACUCGACGAGACCACGCCGGAGUGUGCCCCCAGCACCACUUGUUCUCCGCCGGCUCGACAACAUGUAUGUUGAGCCAUCGCCUGUGGAAACCGACGACAGUGUGAGCGUGGAGGGAGUUCUUCAGAAUGAUUCUGUUUCUCCGCACGCAUCUUAUCAGAUAACGGAGAAUGAUAGACUAGCGCUUUUGACAAAUCUGGAACUAGAACUCAAUCAGCAGGAGCACCAAUGGCAGACGAUUCGCCAUACCAUGCUUGCCCGUGAUUCGCUGUCUACAGUGGGAUCACCGCCUAGCCGAGAUUCGCGCUAUGGAAGUGCGCGCCAGUCCCAGUCAAUUGCCCGUGGGUCAAGGCUUGUCCAGCGCGGUGAAUUAGAUGCGGACUACGAUCUUCUCGCCCUGUUUCCUCAGACCGACCUGAAAGCCAGCGCAAAGCGCAUGCCUAGUUCUACUUACCCCAGGUUUACAGCCCCCUUAGGCACUCCAACCCCUCCAGACACUGAUGAGGAGAGCGAAUACGAUGAGGAUGAGCUGGAGGCUCUGAUUGGCCAGACUGAGAGCACUCCUGCCAAGGAGGCCGCGCUGCUUUGGCGCCCCACAAUGUCCGUGGAGGGCCUUGCUGCCAAUAUCACAACCUUGUCACUCUGGACCCCGGCUUCCAGACCUGUGGGAAGUUUCGUGCCAAAGGAGAUCCCAGGCGAGUCGAAACGUGGCCCCGUGAGGAAGAAUCUAAAGCCGCUCGUAAUUGAAAGUUCAAGACUAUGGGAGAAGUCUGAAUCCAAGCCAACGUCAUCAGAUAAUGGACUGUGGCAGCCAACAUCUCAGGCUAAAACCCAAGUGCUGGAUGUUGAAACCCAGCAGCAGCAGGCAAAGCCGACCCGCAACCCCCCUCGACGGAUCAGACGUGUCACAUUGUUGCCAGAUAUUCUGGAGAGUCCCAAACCACUGCCUAAUAAGCGCGGCACACUUGGAAUUUUCCAGUUCCCAUGGGGUGAUCGAUCAGAUAGUGCGACAGUAAACCCUUGGCCACUAUCGACCAUGAGCGUAUCUGAGAUGAUCUAUCAGGCUGGUGCGCUUGAUGCGGGUACAAGCAUGGGUAUGCAGAGUAACGUCUCUCAAUUUGACAUGGACGACUACGAGCAGGAUGAUGGAGACUACUACGACGAUUCGAGCGAAACGUACGACAGCGACGACGAAGAUAUGUUUGAGCGUGUAGAGCCUGCGUCUGUGGCCCAGCCAACGGAUAAAUGGCUCCAGGAUGCCCCACAAGGUAAAAUGCAUGCAUCUCACGAGGACGGAAUGGAGGCACGAUCAGAAUCUGAGUAUGACGACGAGAUUGACUCUGACUCUGGCUCAGACUCAGAGGCAGAACCCAUGUUUUUGAAACAUUUCAAAAGCUUGGAGCAUGAGCCACUGACAGAGAUGCACAGCAGCGGUAAUGUGAGCGAUGACAAAGCCAAUCAACGGACAAGUCUCCGCACACAAGCCGAGCACGACAUUGAACAGACUGGAGAUUGGGGUGUAAAAGCCGAUACUAGCGCAGUUACCCCCACUACAACACCGACGAUGACGCCCACGGAUUUUGAUCUCCGGGAGGAGGACGAAGAAAAAACUCGAAUCAGGGUCCCAGACCGUCGGCAGCCGCAGCAGAUUGCAUCAAUAAGCAUGCCUGUGCCGCAGAAGGCUCGCUGCUUAUUGAUGGACGUGGACCAAGCUUCACCUGGCGCACCAAUCAGACCCACCGAUUCCCCUCAUGCGGAUGAAGAGACCUGCACUGACAGGGAGUCCAAGUCCCGUGGCGCUCCAAGCGCAGGGCAUCCGUCAGCGCCUGUGCUUCUGUCCCGCUUCCUGGAGCGUUCCAUUCCAAUUUCUAAGCCUGACGUUGGCGUUGGCGCUGAUGCUGAUACUGUCUCUCCGAGCCCGCUCAAGCCAAAUCCGCUCGUCAUUUGCAAAUCCGAGACCCCGACAGGCCGAGAGCGAACUUUGGUUAAUACCUUGGGAUAUCCUGAGCCAUCUUCUUCCUCUCUUCCUCCAUCUCAAUUUUCAUCUCCCCAACAAGCAACAACAUCUACACCCGAAUAUUCCAUGGCUCUUUGGACUCCCAGCACUCCCGUCACUCGUUCCAACUACGGACUUUUGCAACCCGAUACUGCUACUUGGAACUCGUACCUGCCCACUGGUGAGGCUGCACGCCUUGUUCCUGCCAAGGCCGACAUGCCUUCUAUCAAGAGCAACUCUCUCUGGACUGCACCAGCAAAGAAGGCUGAAUACAACAACUUCGGACUUUGGGGAACAAAGCAACCUCUGCCCGGCAUGUGGACUCACUCACCCGUCAACACAAAGAUUUCCUACGGUCUCCCCCAGCCUGACGCAGAGACCUGGGCUACUUAUCUUAUCGUUCAAGACGAUGCCAGCCGAGUAAAGCCUAGAGAGGCCGAGCCUGCAUCUGUUUACAGCACAUCUUUGUGGGCCCCCACAAAGGCCGCUAUUCCCGAAACCCCAUCCGAGGAUGGUCUCUGGAGCGGAUCAAGCUCCGCAGCUUCGGUGAGCGGCUCCGAGCCUUCCACCCUCAGCGAUAAGUCGAUGGAAGUGGUCAACUUUGGAUUGUGGGAGCCUCUUCCCGCUGUUGUUGAAGAUGAAGAGCCUGCCGGUCUUUUCAGCCUCAGCCACCGCCGCACCAACUACCGCACAACCAAGAUGGCACCUGCUGCCCAAGGAAUGGAACGGGCUCCCCGAAGAGCUCUCGAGGCCUUCCCCGAUUUUGGAUUUACCCAUCUCUGGAACAUGGCGCCUCUUUGGGACUCCAAGGCCAAUACUGCUGCUAUCAAGCUGCAGCGAGAAAUCGAUUCGUUGAUUUUGGAGGGUCUAUUCAGCCUGAACCACCGCCGCAACACCUUCCGCACUACCUCCGCAAGCCCCGCAGCGCUCGACACACGGCCCAAGCAACGCAUCUCGCAGCAAUCUCUGCCGCAGCUCACCUCAGAUAGCCUCUGGUCCGUGCACACAGCCCGCAAGGAUGUUGGCCAAGUCAACUGGCUCUCUCUCUCCACAAUCAGGCCGAGAGCGACCUCGGUUGCAUCAUCCUUCUCUGAUAACGACUCUAUCAUGUCUGUACCCGCUCUUACCAGAACCUCUUCCAUCAAGUCCGAGAGGUCCCGUCCUGCCGCUACUCCUACAGAGUGGCUCGCUGCUCUCGACGAGGCCAUCAAGCUGGGAUCUGGCAAGACCCUGGAAAUCGAUACCGGAGACUCUUACCAGCUCUGGUCCAAGCCUGACGCUGAUGUUGACGAGCCUGUUAUCGCCUCGGAUGAGCUUUGGAAGCCCAUGAACAACCGCUUUCUUGAAUUGACUCCCACAAAGAGCGAAUUCGACCAGAUCCAUUCCGAGUCUGGUACUUCCCAGCGUGGCCGCACCCAGAAGGCCCGUCCCCCGAUGCCUAUGUACCCUGGCUCUUCCUCAUCUGCCUUCCUUCCCGGAGCAAGCGAGACUCCUCGCGACUUCAGUACUCAAGCGCUCUGGGCUCAGUCUCAGUCUGAGGCCAAGGAAGACGGCUCCUGGAUGAACAGGUCCAUGCGAAAAGGACUGUCAUUCGUGCAGCUGUGGUAAACCACGGACCCCUGCAUUUGCAUUGGCGAACAACGGGAACGAAAGACAACCCCGCGGGGUUACGGGUUUCCUGGUUGUAUGACAUGACGUUACGAUCACCAGAUUCUUUCGGACAUGGGUUUUGCAAAAAUUACACAUUAAAGCGAUUGGUAUAACAUCCCCAGCCUGCAGUAGCACGGUAGUUGGGUCGAAACGGAUUGCGAGCGUUGCUUUGGAUGACUUUUUUCUUUCUUUUUUACCGGCGUUGGAAUGCGAUACGGGAACACAUCAACCCAUCGCAGUAGGCAUCCUGUCUCUUUCCGCGUGCAUAGCAUCUUAUCUUGCUCACGCCUAGCGUAUGAUUAGCAUAUAACACGGCACAGUCAACCUGUGCCUCAAAACGUCUGUGACGCAUUCGAUAUCGAAUGAUAAAUUGAUCAAAAUCAUACCAGAAA